AUGUAUGGUAGUGGUGAUGGAGGAGGAGGAGAAGAUUGUUAUCCAUACGAGGGUGGAUGUGGUGGGGUGGUAAUGACAAGAGACCCAAAGCCAAGGCUGAGAUGGACUGCUGAUCUUCAUCAACGCUUUGUGGAUGCUGUCACUAAGCUUGGUGGCCCUGACAAAGCGACUCCCAAAUCAGUGCUGAGGAUAAUGGGCUUAAAGGGGCUCACACUGUACCAUCUAAAGAGUCAUUUACAGAAAUACAGGCUUGGACAACACUCCAAGAAACAGAACACAAUAGAACAAAACCAAGAGACUGCUGGAAAUUCCUAUGGACAUUUGCAUUCCUCAGGCACCAGUACCAAUUCAUCAGGGGUGAACAGUGAACGAGGAGAAAUCCCAAUUACAGAGGCCCUUAGGAGUCAGAUCGAAGUACAGAAACGAUUACAGGAGCAGCUGGAGGUACAAAAGAUAUUACAGAUGAGAACAGAGGCCCACGGGAAGUAUUUGCAAACAAUACUAGAGAAAGCUCAAAAGAGUCUCUCAUUUGAUAUCAAUUGCCCUAACAAUUUGGAAGCAACAAAAGCUCAACUAACCGACUUCAAUGUGGCUCUAUCAAAUUUCAUGGAAAAUAUGAACGGAGAAGAGAGGCAUGAAAAUAUUGUCGAGAAGGCCACAUUUAACAAUAUUAAUAGGAAAACGGAUGGGUCUGUUUAUUUGGGAGAAGAAGAACGAAAGAAGGGUGUCAAGCUUGAGGUUGAACGAGGUUCCAUAAGUUUUGAUCUGAAUGCAGGAGGUAGCUAUGACUUUCUUGGCGCAAAUGGAGCCGUAUUGGAAACCAAGCAACUUGCUUAUAGGAGAUAG